ACGACUGCUAAACCGAUACUGAUGCAUGAAGCGAUUCCUGAAACUCAGAGACAUUCCAUCACAUUGAGGUACCUAGCUUCUGGUAUGGAUUUGGAAGACUUGAAGUUCAUGUGCGCCAUUGCUCCUCAGACUCUGGAACUUAUAAUAAUGGAAACUUGCUCAGCAAUUAUCGAGGCAUUAAAAGAUAAUAUUCAGAUUCCAAAAACUAAAGAGGGAUGGACGCAGAUUGCACAGGAAUUUGAAGAAAAAUGGAACUUUCAUAACUGUGUAGGAAGUGUUGAUGGCAAACACAUAUUAAUCCAAAAACUCUCCAAUUCGGGGUCUUACUAUUAUAACUAUAAAGGUUCGUUUAAUAUUGUGCUUGUAAAUGGCGAUUGUAAAUGCAAAUUAUUAUUUCAUGAUGAUCGAUGUCGGAGCAAAUGGCCGAGUGUCAGAUGGUGGAGUGUUGAAGAAUACGUUAUUUUGGCGCAGGUGGUCUGA